AUUUCUUCCUCUGCGACCGCACCCCACGGGUAGGGAAAAAAAAACUGCCGCCGAGAGCCGAAAAUAUCCCCAAUCUCUCGCCGCCGAUAAACCCUAGCCAGCCAGCGUCUCGCCGGAUUGGCGCCGGAAUCGAGGCUCGCGGGCGCGGAGGAGCUGCGCCGCGGUCGGUCUGGUGGGGGGAAUUGCGGGUUGGUUCGGGGGAUUGAAGCCGCCUUCCCGGGCUGUUGUUCCCUGGGGUUGCCGGCGUCGGAUCCGGACGUGCUCCCGCGGAGAGUGGCGGGUUUUCUCUGGGACGAGGUUCGCCUCCGGCUCUGCCUGCUUCGCGCUGGAUUUGAUUGCCCUGGCUGCCUGGCUGGUUGGUGGCGACCCCUGCAUGCUGAGGUAGCUGCGUCGAUUCGGCGGCCGGCUGCAGCCAUUCCGUGAAGGGUGAACACCUUGUUCUUGGCAUUUCCGGGCAGCCUCCCCAGCGUUCGAUCUGCUGAGCCGAACAAAAGGCGUGACCUUUCCUGAACGCCUCCCGGCCACGCAAUGCUCCCCAAGGCCCGAAUCCACGCGGACCCGGCGCUCGACUUCGAGGCCGACCUCUUCGACUGCCUGCCGGACUCGCUGGUCCUGCUCAUCCUCAACAAGGUGGAGGACGUGCGAUCCCUCGGCCGCUGCUCGGCCGCCUCGAAGCGGCUCCACGGGCUCGUCCCGCUCGUCCACGACGUGCGCGUCAAGAUCGACCACGUCGUGACGGUCGACGGCAACGGCGACGCCGACGACGCGCUCAACCUGCUGUCCUCGCCCAAGCCCCGGAACGUCCUCUCGCACCUCCUCAAGCUCAUGCUGUGCACCAUCGCCAAGCCCUUCCACAGCAUCCGCGGCAGCCCAAACGGCGCCGGCGCCGGGCGGCCGCUCUUCCCGCACCUCGCGCAGCACUCGCCGGCGCAGGUGCUCCGGAGCUUCACCCACGUGCGGAACCUCCAGAUCGAGCUCCCUUCGGGGGAUGUCGGGACCGAGGACGGAGUCCUCCUGAAAUGGCGGGCCGAGUACGGGAGCACGCUUCAGAACUGCGUGAUCCUGGGAGGCACCAGGGUCGACCGCAAGCCUGUUGGCGGCGCGGAGCAUGAGCCGGCUUCGGAGGACAAUGGGAGCAUGCCGGAGUCGUUCUACACCAAUGGUGGGCUCAAACUCCGCGUCGUGUGGACGAUCAGCUCUCUGAUCGCCGCGUCGACGAGGCAUUAUCUUCUCCGGUCGAUCAUCAAGGACCACCCCACGCUUGUGAGCUUGGUGCUCACCGAUGCCGACGACCAGGGCACUCUGUGCAUGGGAGCAGAGCAACUCAAGGAGUUUAGAGAGAACCAGUUGUCCACCUCGGCAUGCUCCAACAGGACCCAGGUCCCAGCCUGCAACAUGAAGCUCAAAUAUGCGCCGUAUCUCGAGCUGCCUGGAGGGAUUGCAUUGCAGGGUGCUACACUGGUUGCUAUCAAGCCCUCGACCGAGGGAAGCAAUGGCGGCCAUAUGAGCCGCAAGGAAACGGAUGCAUUCAUCUCUGGGGCAUUUGAUGGGCCGCUCAAGUUCGCUGCAAAGGCGCUCAUGAAGAGGCGCACGUACCUUCUGGAGAUGAAUGGCUUCUAGAUAUCCUCCUCAGUUCUUCCUAGCUUGCCGAUGCAUGGAUGGAAGGCUCACUUAGCUGCUUUAACUUUCGAUCUGUGUCUAGUUCGUCCUUGUUGUCUCUUGUGUUAGCUCUUUGUACAGUGGAGACAUUUGGUUGGUUAUAUGAAUAUCAUAUCAAAUUACUA